AUGCGUUCAGUAACUUUGAUAGAUCCAAAAAAAUAUUGUGCUACUACUGCCGAUGCUGCUGAAGAGAAGCUACCAGAAGAAGAAACAAAAAAUGAAGAAGCGGUAGAAAAAGCAGAAAAGACUCCAGAACAGCCUCCAACACCAGAACCACUGACACCAACACCCCAAGAAUCAAAAAUUCCAGUGGAAGAGGAGGCAAAAAAGGGUGAAGAAGAAUCAACCCCACCCCCAGAAGUUCCCCCACCAACUCCUCCAGCUGAAGAGCCAGAAGUCCCGACUGAAUCUGAAACUACCGAUCAUCCUAAGGAAAUCAGCGCUGCAGAAGAGCCACCUGUUCCUCCACUUCCUCCUCCAUCAGAGACACCUCCACCACCACCAGACGAAGACACACCCUCAAUGGAGGCAGAAACAGAAGUAGAUACUGCCCCUGACACUCCAGCAACAAUUCCUGCCACUCCAGUUGGUGCUGAUGUAAUGGCAGAUCUGGAGAAUGAUGAUGCUGAAGCAGCAGACGGCACCCCAGAUGCAGGUGCUGAAGACAAAGUUUCUGGUUUGACAGAAGUUGCUGGUACUCCCCAACCAAUAGCUACUGCUACUUCGAGUCCUCCUUCUACAUCUUAUACUUCACCACAGUCCUCAGUUAGUACUAACAAGGGUAGCUCUGAAGCAAUAUCUGCCUCUGCCGAAGACAGGGAGGAACCAAUGCAGGUGUGUGAUGAUGUGAACACUGCUGCCAACACUCCUGAAGCUUCUGCUGCAGACACUGCUACCGAUGUGUCUGCAGCAGGCACCCCUACAGAUACAUCUGCUGCUAGCACCAUAGAGGACAAUACAGCUGGAGGUGCUGACACACCACCUAUAGAUAUGCAGGAGAGUGAGAAAAGCUCAAACAAGGAAAAUGAGAUGGAGACAAAGAUGCUGAAAAGCAAGAGAGAGAAAAGUCCCAAAGAAGAAGACAUGGAAAUUGUCACAGAUCCUCAAUGUUACUGCAAACGUGGCCGCAAACUUGGAACAAUAGAAUUGCAAUGUAGUGGUUGCCUGAAAUGGUUUCAUGCAGAAUGUAUUAAGUCUCUUAUUGGAAAGUCUGUCCCCUUCAUGACAAACUACUUGUUCUAUUGUAAAUCAAAAAAAUGCAGUUCAGGUGGAGAGAGUUUCACAAAAAAGCAAGCCAAUUUUAGUCAGAUGUGUUACACUGCUGUUGCAAACUUGACUUUCCAAAAUAAAUCUGACCCUGAUAUGAAAUUCAUGUUUUCCAAAAAGGAUAUCAUUCCUUACAUUGAUAAAAACUGGGAAUGCCUUACAACAAUGCCACGAAGAAUCAAGCCCACAUGGCAUACUACCAUCGUAAAAACAAUGACCAAAGAUGCUGAUAUAUUCCUUUGUAGUGAAGAGAUUCCCGGAGAUCCACAUUUUGGCCUUGUCAAUCCGGAUUUGGAAAAAAUUAGCCCUAAUUAUGAGCCUAUAAAAAGUAUCAUUAUGAACAAAGGUGCUGAUCCAAAGGGCAGCAGUGGUCUGACGGAAGGGCCAACUUCCAAAGGACGUGGCAACAAGAGGAAAGCUCCCCUUGACGGUGCUCAACAGACUGGGACCAAACAGAAGAAAAGUGAAAUGAAUUCUGCUAUGAAGCUUGCCCCCCAUGGCUACCCUCUGGAGCAUCCAUUCAACAAAGAUGGCUACCGCUAUAUUUUGGCUGAACCAGAUCCACAUGCACCAAAUAGACAGGCGUUUGAUGAAAGCUCUGAUUGGGCUGGUAAACCAAUUCCUGGUUACCUUUAUCGCACAUGCUUAGGAAAUGAUGUCCUUUUGGCUCUUCAUGAUAGAGCUCCUCAGCUUAAAAUAUCUGAUGAUUGUUUAACUGUAACUGGAGAAAAAGGUUACAGUUUAGUGCGAGCCACCCAUGGUAUACGUUGUGGGGCCUGGUAUUUUGAAGUAAAGAUUGAUGAAAUGCCACCAGAUACUGCUACAAGAAUUGGUUGGUCACAGCCACUUGGAAAUGUUCAAGCUCCUUGUGGAUAUGACAAAUUCAGUUAUUCAUGGAGAUCAAAGAAAGGAACCUGUUUUCACCAGAGUCGAGGGAAACAUUUUUCUGAUGGAUACGGAGAGGGGGAUAUAUUGGGAUUUUACGUUUACUUGCCACAACCUGAUGAUCCUGGAAAGUUGUUGCCACCUACUUACAAAGAUAAGGUAGGAAAUCUUUAG